AUGUACUCCUCCAGAAGAUCGCGGUCGUCUAUUUCCAUUUCUCAGCAGAGAAUGAUGUCGCAUUCCAUGGCUGGUUUGUCGCUCGAACAACAAAAAAUGCUAUACUACAUCGGUGUAGACGUGGGCACUGGUUCCGCCAGAGCGUGUAUCAUCGACAGCAUGGGUAACAUCCUGUCAUUGGCCGAAAGACCUAUCCAGAGAGAGCAACUAAAGCCCAAUUUCAUCACACAAUCUUCGCAAGAAAUCUGGCAGUCUGUGUGCCACUGUGUUAAAUCAGUGGUGCGCGACUCCGGUGUACCCCGUGAGAAGAUCCACGGUAUCGGCUUCGACGCCACUUGCUCGCUUGUGGUAGUUGAAGAAGGUAGCGACAAAGAGGUUGCAGUGGGCCCCGACUUCUACAACACAGACCAGAACAUUAUUCUAUGGAUGGACCACAGAGCCAUCGAUGAAACCGCACAGAUCAACGCAACCGGUGACAAAUGUCUCAAAUAUGUUGGUGGCCAAAUGUCCGUGGAAAUGGAGAUCCCCAAGAUUAAGUGGUUGAAAAACCAUUUACCUGAUGAUAAAUUUAAGAAAUGCAAGUUCUUUGAUUUGGCCGAUUACUUGACCUUCAAGGCCUCCGGAAAGGAGACCCGUAGUUUCUGCUCCACUGCGUGUAAGCAGGGCUUAUUGCCAGUUGGCGUCGAGGGCUCCACUGAAGGGUGGUCUCGCGAUUUCCUCAACGAGAUCGGCCUCGAGGAGCUAAUCGAGGAUGAUUUCCGCAGAAUCGGUGGCUCUGUCACAAAUUCCGACAAGGGCAAAAACUUUUUGAGCGCUGGUGAAUUCAUUGGUGCCAUCGACGAGACUGUGGCCGAAGAACUGGGUCUUUCCAAUCACUGUGUUGUCGGUUCUGGUGUUAUCGACGCCUACGCCGGCUGGGUCGGCACUGUCGCCGCUAGGACAGAUGUUCCAAUUCCUGCCUUAACAAAGAGUGAUCAAGAUAAAGUUGGUAUUGAUCGCGCCACCGGUCGUCUUGCCGCUGUUGCAGGCACAUCUACGUGUCACAUAGCUAUGUCGCGUGACCCGAUUUUCGUGGACGGUGUAUGGGGCCCUUACAGAGACGUAAUGGCCAACAAGUUUUGGUGUGCCGAGGGUGGUCAAAGUUGUACCGGUGCGCUGUUGGCACACGUCUUAACGACCCACCCUGCAUAUACCGAACUGUCGCAGCUGGCUGACGCCGCAAGUGUUUCGAAGUUCGACUACUUAAACUCAAGACUAGAAAUGUUGGCACAACAACAAAAGGCCCGAUCCGUGGUUCACUUGGCCAGACACCUCUUCUUCUACGGUGACUACCACGGGAACAGGUCUCCCAUCGCCGAUUCCUCCAUGCGUGCUGCUAUAAUUGGUCAAUCCAUGGACAACUCUAUAGACGACCUAGCAUUGAUGUAUUUGGGUGCUUGCGAAUUUAUUGCACAACAAACGAGGCAAAUUGUUGAAAAAAUGACUGCUUCGGGACAUGAUAUGUCAACUAUUUUCAUGUCGGGAGGUCAAUGCCGUAACGGUUUGCUAAUGAGGCUGUUAGCCGACUGCACCGGCUUGCCAAUUGUCAUUCCAAGGUACAUUGAUGCUGCUGUUGUGUUCGGGUCUGCUCUACUAGGUGCGGUGGCAAGCGAAAGCUUCGACAUCAGUGGUACCAAGUCUGCCCUUUCUGUAAGUCGCAAGUCUUCUAUCGCUGGGGACAUGUCUCACAACACACAGGGCAAGAAAUCCGCAAUGUCCAAGUUCGGGAACUUUGGUGGGGACGACUUGCCAUCCCCAUACACUGCUCCAUCUGCCACUGCUAGCACAGCUCAAAUCGCCUCCACUGUGGGAUUUCCGUUCCCUACUGCUGAUGAAGGUCACCAUUACGAUGAUCAAUUCGACGAAACAGAAGAAGGUGGAUCCGAAUUAAACUUCAAAGCUCAGUCGAAGUGGAAGAAAGACAUGGAAGACCGCAUGAAGGGGAGAUCCUCGGACAACGGUGAUACUAUGUGGAAUGUGAUGUACAACAUGACUGGUGGUGGUAAAGUUGUUCAGCCUUGUCCUGACGAUAACCCUGAUCGUAUGCUUUUGAACACCAAGUACAAGAUUUUCUUGGACAUGGCAGAGACGCAAAGAAAAUACAGACAGAUGGUGGACGAAGUUGAGAAAUGA